GCAAUCUCAGCUCAACGAGUGGGUUAAACGAUGUUCAGCUGGUGACCUCCGUAUUCAAUCAGUCACCGAAUGCUUUCAAAAGCAGUACAUGAAUACUUUGGAACAGAACAAACGUCUGUUCGGCUACGAACAUCCCACUACACUCGAAAGACUUCACCAACUCGGUAACCUCUCUCAUUUGAACGGAGACUGGAUCAAAGCGAAGUCAAUCUACCGUCGGGUUCUAGAAGGACGAACUAAAGUACUUGGUGGAGAAGAUCCAAAGACGCUGGAUGCGAUGGCUCACCUUGCUACUGUUUUAAGGCGCAUCGGAGAGCAUAAGGAGUCCCAAGCGUUACACCGAAAAGCUCUAGAAGGUCGACGUAAAAUCCUAGGCGGUACACACCCUGAUUCGUUAACUUCUGAAGAUGAGUUAGCUGCCAUUCUUAAAGAAUCAGGGCUGCUACACCAAGCAGAGGAAAUGAGCCGCGGGACCUUGCUAAAGAAAACACGAAUUUUUGGUCAAGACGACCUCCGCACCAUACAUACCGCUAGUAGCCUUGCUGCCAUCCUGAAGGAUAUCGGCGCAGCACCUCAGUCCAUUGGGGAUAGGAUCUUGGCUAUUAAAGCAUGGCAAGAGUGUGAGUCGCUCUCGAAUCGAUGUCUUGCCGCACGUGAGAAUGCAUUGGGCUCAGAGAACCCCCAAACUAUCACCGACAUCAAUAUGCUCGGAAUUGUAACCAGGAUGCUGAACAGGCCAGAGGAGAGCGAGACCUGGCACCGCCGUGCACUCCAGGUGCGCCUAAAAGUGUUCGGCCCGCAUAAUCCCCAUACACAAAGGAGCAUGCGCAAUUUGAUUGCUGCUCUAAAAGACAGCUGUAAAUAUGAUGAAGCGACGGAAAUGGAGUUGAGGUUGGUGCAAAGUCUGGAAAUCAAUCCGGUAUUAGCAGAACGUGGCAAAGCUGUAGGCUGGGGUCCGAGAUAACUCUUUUCUUGAUCUUUUUCCUAUGAUAUGUCGCUAUUAGCGUGCUCUUCACCCGCUGUACAUGAGCCGGAUCUCCUACAAAUUCUUCAGUUAUUGCAGUAAAAAAAUCAACGACCCCAAUUAAUGCUGAAUAAGCAUUAACGGAAUCAAUGCACCACCCAUCUAC